AGGGAGCGCGCGCGCCGCCGCGGGGCCAGGCCGAGCGCUGCUGGUGGCGUCCGAGGCUGAAGGCUUGGCGAGAAGGGCUUGCGGCCGCGUGUCGGGCUGUUGGUAUUGUGGCUGCCGAGGCCGCCCGCUCCUGGUCAUGAGAGGAGAAAGAGUCCUGAAGCAAAGACAUUUUAGAGAGAAAAUACUCAAGGGCCAUGCAAGCCAGCUGUAACCAACUGCAUGAUCCUCCGGGCACUGCACAUGAAGAUGCUGCAGCCUCCCCGUGUGGUCAUUCAAGAUCAACAGAAGGUUCCCUUCACCCUGGGGAUGUACAUAUCCAAAUAAACUCCGGACCAAAAGAAUAUUCUGAAAAUCCAAGCUCUAGAAAUCCCAGGUCAGGCGUCUGUACUUGUGCCCAUGGAUGUGUGCAUGGUCGUUUCCGGAGUUACUCCCACAGUGAAGCAAGACCACCUGAUGACUUUGCUACAGAGUCUGGGGAACAUGGAAGUGGCUCCUUCUCAGAAUUCCGCUAUCUCUUCAAGUGGUUGCAAAAAAGUCUUCCUUAUAUUUUAAUUCUGGGUAUUAAACUUGUUAUGCAGCAUAUAACAGGAAUUUCUCUUGGAAUUGGGCUGCUAACAACUUUUAUGUAUGCAAACAAAAGCAUUGUAAAUCAGGUUUUUCUAAGAGAACGGUCAUCAAAGCUCCGCUGUGCUUGGUUACUGGUGUUCCUGGCAGGUUCCUCCGUCCUCUUAUAUUACACUUUUCAUUCUCAGUCACUUCAUUACAGCUUAAUUUUCUUAAAUCCUACACUCGAACAGUUGAGCUUCUGGGAAGUUCUUUGGAUUGUUGGAAUUACAGACUUCAUUCUGAAAUUCUUUUUCAUGGGUUUAAAAUGCCUGAUUUUAUUGGUGCCUUCUUUCAUCAUGCCUUUUAAAUCAAAGGGAUAUUGGUACAUGCUUUUAGAAGAAUUGUGUCAGUAUUACCGAAUUUUUGUUCCUAUACCAGUUUGGUUUCGGUACCUUAUAAGCUACGGGGAGUUUGGUAAUGUAACUACAUGGAGUCUUGGGAUAUUGCUGGCUUUACUCUACCUCAUACUAAAACUUUUGGACUUUUUUGGACACUUGAGAACUUUCAGACAGGUCUUACGAGUAUUUUUUACACGACCGAGUUAUGGAGUGCCUGCCAGCAAGAGACAGUGUUCAGAUAUGGAUGGUAUUUGUACAAUAUGUCAAGCGGAAUUUCAGAAGCCAGUUCUUCUCUUUUGUCAGCAUAUAUUCUGUGAAGAAUGUAUCACCUUAUGGUUUAACAGAGAGAAAACAUGUCCACUGUGCAGAACUGUGAUUUCAGAAUGUAUAAACAAAUGGAAAGAUGGGGCCACUUCAUCUCACCUCCAGAUGUACUAAGUUGUUCCAACUAUUAAGGCCUCAAGACACUAAUUUUAUCUGGUUUGGUAACUAUUGAUAAAGGUAUAAUUGAUCUCCAGCAGUAGAAAAAGGCUUUAGGGUAUCACGAGACAUGUUUAUAGUUCAGUUUCUCAGAAGUUUAAGUGCAAGAGCCCUGCAUUUUUAAACUAUAUAUUCAUUCACCUUAAUAAAUAUGCAACAUUUAUUCCACUUAUUUGACAAAUAAUUGCAGUGUUAAAUUGGAAAUGUGAUUUCUUAUCAAUAAUACCAAAAUAGCAAUUAGAAAUAGAACUAGCCAUUUUAAAGGGGUUCAGGUACUGUUUCCUGACAGGUUUUCAGAAUAAAGAUUUUGCAUAGUAUUUUAAGAUAUAUAGUAUCUGAAACAAUUUACAGAUUUUUAUAAUUCCCAUUCUAAAAAUGCUUAAAUUUUUCAUAAGAUUGUAUUUUUAAAUGAAAGUUCUAAAUGCUAUAUUUUACCUAUAACAAUCACAUUUUCUAAGUGAAGAUUUACUGAGGAUGAUAUAUUUUAAUACUGUAUUAUGCUCUAUAAUAUGACUAGUAAUCAGUGAGAAUAAAUGAUUUAGAUUCAUUCACCUGGUGGACCUGUUAUGUACUCCUUGCCACUAGCUGUCUUGUGUUUUGUGUAGUACCAUGUAAUAGCUUGAAAUAACAAUGAAAGUGAUUUGAAUGUGGGCUGGGGAUGUAGCUCACAAGUUUUACAAUCACCACCUGUUGAGAUAUGAAAGCUUGCACCCAAGGCUGUGGUGGAGUGCCUGCUUAGUGCGCACUGUGUCCUGGCUGAAUUCCACAUCGAGGAGAAAGGGAGAAAACAGCAACUUUCACUCAGGGGAAGCCAGAACAUUAGUCAUCUCCAGCUGAUUUCUGCAAGAAGAAAAGGUAAUGGCGCACUUUACCUUUCCUUGUGUUUCCUCUGAAGAAUCUGAAAUCUUUACCAUGACUAAAGGGCUGCUACUGCGAAGGCUUCUUCGCAUUUAUCAUCAGUAACAAGGAGAAGUUGAGACAAAAACAAAUUAGCCGUGUAAGACAGACUAAGCUGGGUUCUAGAGAUGGCUUUAGCAGAUUAGAACAUGUGCUGCAGUUCCAGGACCAGAGUUUAUGCUGAAUGCUGGGAUUAAAGUCGUGUGCUACCACCACCACCACCACCACCUGACUAAAGUUAAACUUUAAAGACAGACUAAACCAGUACAUGGCUUAAUAAGGAUAGUGACCAAGUGUCAUGGGUGAAAUCAUGUCUGUACAGCUGCUACCUAGAUUGACAGAGGUACAGGAAGACUGUGAUACCCUCAACCAGAUAAACACCACAUCACUUUUUGUUUUAAAUGAGUAUUCACUCUAUAUUUGUGUAUAUUGUAUGUGUCCACACACACAUAGAGUCUAUUAUACACACACACACACCUUGCCUAAUGAGAAUCACUGCUAAGUAUAUUAAAUCACCUUCCUGGCUUUGUGGUGAAGCUUAGUUGUUAGAUAUACAAGGGAUGAAGGAGAGAAAGUGAUUUGUGAUUAAAAUUUCACUGUGAAAGUCAGCUGAAAUGACUUCCUGUUUAAAACUAUUACAUUCAUCCCUCUUAACACUUAUCACAGUUUCUCCAGGCAACUUGUUUUUUUAAUAUGAUUAAAUAACAAAGGGAGUUUGUAGAAGACUGAGGUGGGUGGAUUUUUUCACAAGGCUAUCACUUAAAAUUAGGAAAAGGGAAGUAACUCAUAGCAAAUAUUUUAACCCCAGCAAUUAAAGGCAGAAGCGGGUGAAUCUGAGUUUGAUGCCCAUCUAGUCUCCAGAGCAAGUUCCAGGACAGGCAGGGCUAUAGAGAGAAACCCUGUCUUGUUCCAGACCACCUAGGGCUAUAUAAAGAGAUCUUGUCUCUAAACAAAAACCAGAAAAUGUAGUAAGGUUGUGGUACUCAUUAUCAGUAAUAAACUGAAACAUUUCUCUUGCUUUUGCCCUUUGCUUUCACCUCAAAGGAAGAGGAUUGAUUUUGUGGAUUUAGAUCAUCCUCUCUAAACAGUUGCUGUCCCAGCACUGAGAAAUGCUGCUAGGGCAUAGAGCAAUGGCUCAGCAGUGAAGAGCACUGUUGCUCCAGAGGCCUGUGGGUGUUCCCACACCGCAGCGAACAACCAUCUCCAGUUCCAGGGGAGUCUGAUGCCCUCUUCUGGCUUUCUUGAGCAAUGCACACAUGAUGCAGACACAUACAGGCAAAACACCUAUAUACAUAAAAAUAAAUGUCCAAAGAGAGAGGGGAGGUAAGGGGAUUGGGGCCGGGGGGAGAUGCUACCAACCACCAGGAUUGAGACUAUAACUCCUUGCUAGAGAUACUUUUGUUUUUCAUUUUUUUCGAGAUUGGGUUUCUGUGCAGCCUACGCUGUCCUGGAACUUGCUUUAUAGGCCAGGCUAGCUACAAACACAGAGAUCUGCUUGCCUCUGUCUCCUGAGGACUGGGAAGGGACUGAAGGCAGGCACCACCGCAUGUGGCAAGAUGGGUGAUUUCUUUGUUUUUCAGAUUUAUUUUGUGAUAGUUAUGAUGAACCACUAUUAUGUGAGUACUAGAAACCAAAACCAUGCCCUCGAAAGGCACAGCAUUGCUCCUGUGAAGCUAUCUGACAUAUUUGCUAAUUUUUUGUACAAUUAUUUUGAACAUGAACAUUACAUUAUCAAAGCUAGCUAUGAGGUGUACUUAGGCAAAUUGUUGAUUAUUAAUAUAAGAAAUUAUUCCCACUAUUUUUAUGUGAAACUAGAUUCCACAUAGCUUGUUUCAUGAAUAUUUUUAAAAGCAAACAAUUCAAGUAUAUUAAAAAUAACAAGAAUCUGUAACACUUAAUACAUAAAAUGACCACUAAGAUUUGUUAUAUAUUUAAAUAGCUCCAAUGUCUCGGGAGAAAGUUUUAUAACUGUUAUCUUUUAUACAAAAGUAGUUUAUUAAAUAUGGUAACAUGAACAUAUCUAACACGUUAAUGAAAAAAUUGUACAUCUGUUAUGUAUGCUAUAGUAAAUAUACUAAAAUUUUUUUCUCUCAAGUAAUAAAAAAUCACUUCU